CCCCGGGAGCGGGCCAUGCCGCCGCGGGAGCUGAGCGAGGCCGAGCCUCCGCCGCUCCGCGCCCCGAGCCCUCCUCCGCGGCGGCGCAGCGCCACCCCGGAGCUGGGCAUCAAGUGCGUUCUGGUGGGCGACGGCGCCGUGGGCAAGAGCAGCCUCAUCGUCAGCUACACCUGCAAUGGGUACCCCGCGCGGUACCGCCCCACCGCACUGGACACCUUCUCUGUGCAAGUCUUGGUGGAUGGAGCCCCCGUGCGCAUCGAGCUCUGGGACACAGCGGGACAGGAGGACUUUGACCGGCUUCGCUCGCUCUGCUACCCGGAUACCGACGUCUUCCUGGCGUGCUUCAGCGUCGUCCAGCCCAGCUCCUUCCAAAACAUCACCGAGAAAUGGCUUCCCGAGAUCCGCACCCACAACCCCCAAGCACCCGUGCUGCUGGUGGGCACCCAGGCCGACCUGAGGGACGAUGUCAAUGUACUGAUUCAGCUGGACAAGGGGGGCAGGGAGGGCCCAGUGCCCCAACCCCAAGCCCAGGGUCUGGCCGAGAAGAUCCGGGCCAGCUGCUACCUUGAGUGCUCCGCCUUGACGCAGAAGAAUUUGAAGGAGGUAUUUGACUCCGCUAUUCUCAGUGCUAUUGAGCACAAAGCCCGGCUGGAGAAGAAACUCAAUGCCAAAGGUGUGCGCACCCUCUCCCGCUGUCGCUGGAAGAAGUUUUUCUGUUUUGUUUGAGCAGCUGUGACAGUGCAAGUGGAACACAGGAGGCCAGAGACUUCUGGAACCUGGGGCAUGGGCCUUGGAGGGUACUCCCGGCAGGGCCUGGGCAGCCUUGGGACUCAGUUUCCUGCAGAACACUGGGGACAUGAGCCUCUAACCGCCCACUCUGAUAAGCCAGGUUGAGCUAGUGCCUGGAAGAAGGCAGGCUGAUUUGGAUUUCUUUGGUCAAGGCUCACAGGAAAAACCCAGCAGUUUGAUUUUCAUGGGAUGGUCCCAAUAGUGUCAACCAUCUGUGAGCAGCUUGGGAUGCCAUUCCCAAGUUUUCUCGUAAUGGGCCCACAAGUCAGAUUGGUAAUGUGAAUCCCUUCAGUGGGUCCUCACCCGUCCUUGCACAGGGGUAAGGAAGCCAGGGGAAACAGCAGGGCAUCUUGAGUGGCUGGAAGGUAGCCAGACUUGAUUUGGAGAGGAUUGGGAUGGAGUUAAGAGGCCAGUGAGAAAUUAAAUUAAGGGAGGGAACAGAAAUUGAGGCUUGAAGUGGUGGGAAUGAAGGCAGAUCAGAGGGCUGGGUUUGAAAAGAGGAAGACAAGGAAGAAGGGGUGGGAGGGGGAGGCUGAGGAGCAGGCUGACACCUGGGCUGCCCUCAACCCUGAAGGCCAAGGAGGGCAGGGCUGCUCCCUGGGAAGAACUGGGUCUCUGGGCUCCCUAGGCACUGCCCAAACUGGCUGGGCCAGCAGCGGGGCAGGAAGUGAGAGUCAAAGCCCAGCAAAGGGAGGGGGAGGAGCUGCAAAUUAGAGCCCAAAGGAGGAAGGGAACGGAGUUAUCCCUUUCCCCAAGGUCACACACAACCUAGAAGGUAGAGCAGUGCAAUCUGCGAAUAAAACCGUACAAUUUCUGAA